UUUAAAGCAAAACAAAAGCGAUAUAUUUGGAGAUAAUUAGCUAAUGAAACAUGCGGGACAACAUCCCACACCGAACAACGAAGUACUAUAUACGCCUCACGAGCAACAAAACUUUUGUUGAAUUUCGGUGGAAAGACAUCAACAGUAAAUAGAUAAAUGUCGAAAUGUCGAAGCACAUUUUAGUCGCAGCCAUUGACUUCGGGACAACGUAUUCAAGCUGGGCGUUUUCGUUCAAGCAUGAUUAUGUCUGCGACCCGACUAAAGUCUGCGCCAAGCAAUGGCAAGGGCACGAGUCGCAAAAAGGCCCAACUUGUGUUCUGAUUAAGUCUGAUGGGAAAACAGUUGAUUCGUUCGGUUUUGAUGCUGAGACCAAAUAUGCAGAACUUAUCGAAGGGAAAAAACAUAAAACCUGGUACUUCUUUAGAAGGUUUAAAAUGACGUUAUGGGAACAGAAACUUACUCGAAAUUCAUCGUUGGAUGAUGUAAAUGGUCGGAAGCUAUUGGCAAGGACCGUUUUUGCAUUGAGCAUCAAGUAUCUGAAGGAUGACCUAUGGGCUGUGGCCAAUGACCGAAUAGCGGACACCGUGUUAAUGGAAGACAUACACUGGGUUUUGACAGUACCUGCCAUCUGGAACAAUGCAGCAAAACAGUUCAUGCGGGAAGCUGCAGAAGAGGCGGGAUUGACAUCGGAUAUGCUGACCAUUGCACUUGAGCCGGAGGCUGCAUCGCUUUAUUGUCGCCAUCUUCCGAUUACAAAAAGUGGGAAUCAACUAUCUCUGGCAUCUCUUCAAGCAGGAAAGCAAUAUCUUGUACUUGAUGCUGGAGGGGGCACUAUCGACAUAACGGUGCACGAAGUUACAGCAUCUGGUGGAGUCAAAGAACUUUACAAGGCGAGUGGUGGCGCUUGGGGUGGGACAAAAGUCGAUGAUUCCUUUGAGGAAUUCCUAGUUCGUUUGACAGAUGAAACUGUCGUCAAAAAGUUCAAAGAAGACAAAUUGGAUGAUUAUAUAGAACUUCUUCGACGGUUUGAGAUAAAGAAGAGAAACAUUGAUCCCGACAACGACUCAUCAGUCACCAUAUGCAUUCCACUUUCCUUUUCCGAGACAGUUAAAAAACGUACACGAAAAGACUUCCCUAAAGUUUUGAAAAAGUCAUCCUAUUCAAAGUCGGUGACCUUGUCUGGGGAUAAACUGAAAAUCGACGCAACAGUUGCACGAAGUUUCUUCGAAGAAUCCGUCAAUAGCACGAUAGAACAUGUGAAAAAUGUUUUGCAAAAAACAGAAAACAGAAACGUCGAAGCAAUUUUGUCGGUUGGCGGAUUUUCUGAGUCGAAAAUGCUCAUUAAGGCAGUCAAAAAGACCUUUCCGGGAAUAAAGAUCAUCGUCCCUGAUGAAGCUGGUUUGGUAGUUCUUAAGGGCGCUGUAAUGUUUGGACAUGAGCCAACACAAAUUGUCGAGAGAAUAAGCAAAUUUACGUACGGAUUAAGGAUGAAUCCUGCUUUUGAUCCUACGAAGCACCCAGCAUCAGCUAAAUUCACUGACAACGACGGUAUAAUUAAAUGUAGAGACUUCUUUGAUACGCAUGUUAUAGCGGGACAGGCGCUAAAGGUCGGAGAGGCCCAGUCUGAAGAAACAUACGUCACAAAAUCAAGCCACACGACAGAUGUACUAGUAGAGGUAUUCGCAACCAAAAGUCAAACUCCCGUUCUUGUUACCGAUCCUGGAUGCAGGCAGGUUGGGAAAUACAACCUCGCACUAGCUGGUACCGGAGGCGGGCGCUUGGUUAUAGUAAGAAUGAUAUUUGGAGGCACUGAAAUUGACGUCGAAAUCACAGAGAAAACAACUAGUAAAGUUUCGCAUAUUUCUAUUGACUUUUUGUCAUAGAAUUCAACAGUGGCAUUCGUACAAGUGUAACUGGUGUUUUCUUAAUGUAAAUAACACCUUAUUAUUAAUUGUUCAACAAAUUAAGUUAAAAGGAAAGGGGCUCCAUAUAAGCCUUUGGCUUAUAUGUAUGUUGUAAAAAUAUUACAAGUUACAAUACUGUUUAAACCAAGUACUUUAGAUCAAAUGCUAUAUUGGAUCUCUUUGUGAAAAUGUGUGGCAGUUUUUGAAAGUGAACAUUUUAAUGCCAAAGAAGAUGAUGAUUAUAUUUAUGUAGGUGAUCUAUUUGAUUAAAACACUGUAGUUAGGGAUUGAAUACACAUAGGAACAUAAUAUUUCAAUAUAGAACACAAACAAAUGACAAAAUAUCUGAAUAAUAUUAAAUAAAAAACCCAUGUAUGUAUGACUACCUUUAAAAAUAAUCACAGUGCAGGCUAUAUAUAUAUAUAUAUAUAUGUGUGUGUGUGUGUGUGUGUGUGUGUGUGUGUGUGUGUGUGUGUGCGUGCGUGUGCGUGUGCGUGCGUGUGUGUGUUUUUGAUUGCAUUUUGUAAGUAACCGUUUCACUUUUAUGUCUUAUAUAUCAGAGGUUUAUGCAAAUGCUUAAUUAAAUGUCAUUCUCGUCCAUGAAUGUUGUUAGCGUGCGCAUACAUGCACAUCAAACUAUGCUAUUUUUUUAUAUUUAAGGAUUUCUGUUUUGCAACACUAAUUUUCUAGUAAACCACUCAUAGAAGCAUUCGUGAAGUUCUUUUAUAAUGCUUUCAACGGUAAAAUA